GUGUGACAGUCCUGCACCUCCCUUCCCGCAACACAGCCAAUACUGAUGACACGUCAGAAAAAAAUGCAACGGGAUGCAGCUCUAUGCAUGACAAUCUACCUCUCUAUCGCCUUCCAUGUUACACGCUCCACAAUAAAGGAAGAGAGGCCAAAAAGCACAAGGCAGAACAUUGGACUUAAUGAAUGAGCUCUCUCCUGGGACUCUGUCUUUUUGCUCAGGGUUGCAGGUUUCCCCCUUUCCACCACCGCCCCUGCGUCAGAUGAUGCUCUUUGCCUGUGCCUAUAAAAGAUGCUCCAGUGGCAACCUGACUGGCACUCGCAUCUCGCGUCUGUCUCUUUCCCACAUCCACACACCUCACUCACACAGUCUGUGGUCUUGAAGGGAGCAUUUCAACAUGAGUUACUCCGGCGACAUGUACACGAGCAGCUCGUACAGGAAGAUUUUUGGAGAUGCGCCACGCCGCGUCACCAUGGGCAGCAGCAGCAGCCCGUCCCGGGUGACGGUGGGGUACCGCUCCGGACCCCAGCACCACCGCAGCUAUGCUUCUCCACCCUCCAUGAUCACAUCCUCAAGUUAUCGCACCAAACUUGGAUCUGGCCGCGGCGGCUUCCAGUCCAUGCCGGACUCCGUGAACCUGACGCAGACCACUGCCAUCACCAACGAGCUGAAGAUCAUCCGCACAAAUGAGAAGGAGCAGCUGCAAGGCCUCAACGACCGCUUCGUGACGUUCAUCGAGAAGGUGCACAACCUCGAGCAGCACAACAAAGUUCUUGAAGCCGAAGUGGCACUGCUGCGCCAGCGUCACAACGAGCCGUCUCGACUGCACGACCUCUACGAGCAGGAGAUCCGCGAGCUGCGCGCGCGCGUCGAGGAGUUGACGCACGAGAAGAGCCAGGUGCACCUGGACUGCGCACAGAUGAACGAGGCGCUCGAGCGCGUCAAGGAGAAGCUGGAUGAGGAGACGCGUCUGCGGGAGGAGGCCGAGAACAACAUGAAGGGGUACCGCAAGGACGUGGAUGAUGCCACUCUCUCCCGCCUAGAGCUCGAGAAGAAAGUUGAGUCCCUGCUGGAUGAGAUCGCGUUCCUUAGGAAAGUGCAUGACGAAGAACUGCAGGAGCUGCAGGCGUCACUUCAGGCCACACAGGUGUCUGUUGAGAUGGAUGUAAGUAAGCCUGACCUCGCUGUGGCCUUAAAGGACAUCCGUGCCCAGUACGAGUCUCUCUCUUCCCAGAACCAGCAGCAGGCAGAGGAAUGGUACCGCUCCAAGUUUGUCAAUGUGACGGAGGCGGCAGCCCGCAACAAUGAUGCUCUGAAGCAAACCAAGGAUGAGCUGGGCGAGUACCGCCGACAGCUGCAGGCGCGCACACUGGAGAUCGAGGCCAUGAAAGCCCACAACGAGUCCUUAGAGAGACAGCUGGCAGAGAUGGAGGACCGCCAUGGCAACGAGAUCGGCGAGCUACAGGAUACUAUUCAGCAGAUGGAAUCUGCAUUGCACAGCACUAAAGGUGAAAUGUCUCGCCACCUGCGUGAAUACCAGGAUCUGCUGAAUGUCAAGAUGGCACUGGAUAUUGAGAUCGCUGCCUACAGGAAGCUGUUGGAAGGUGAAGAAUGCCGUCUAAGCUCUGUGGGCGGAGCCAUGUUGCAGUCCGCUUACUCUUAUCCGUCAAGCCGCACUUAUGCCCUGAGCGCCUACAGGAAAGGUGGAGCUAAACCUGAAGAAGAGGAAGAGCAAGAAGAGGAGGAGGAGGAGAUGGAAGAGAAGAAAGAAGAGGAAGGAGAGGAGGAGGCAGGAGAGGAAGGAGAGGAUGGAGAAGAAGAUGAAGAGCUGGAAGAACAAGGUGAUAAGGAAGAAGAAGAAGAGGAGGAAGAACAGGAGGACAAGAAAGAGAAGGAAAAGGAGGAUGAGAAGAAGGAAAAGGAAGAAAAGAAGAAGGACCAAAAGGAUCAGAAGGAACAGAAGGAGAAUGAGAAGGAGAAAGAAAAGGAGAAUGAGAAGGAGAAGAAGAGUGAUAGCAAGGGCGAUAGCAAUAAGGCAGAGAGCAAGAGUGAGAAGGGGGACAGUAACAAGGGUGAAAAAGCCCCUGCCGUCAAGAGCAAGUAACCAUUUGCUUACCAUCAAUGCUCCCACCACUGCUGCAAAUCAUUCACACGUCUGUCUGGACCCCUCAGUUACCUCUCUGUCCCUUUGCCACAUUCACACGAACACAAAAACUCACAUAUACAAACACAUCAUCUACUCAUCUUCACUUUCAUUUCACUAGAUGAUCACAGGUGCUAUUUAGUCAUGUAGAGCAGCAUCAUACAGGUGUAAACAACUUUACUGCUUUCCUUUGCCAGAAAUGAAUAGAAUACAAAUGAAAAUACAAAAAUGGAGGAUUGGUAGUUUUCUAUGCAGAGAGAAAGAGAGGAUAAAGUUAGCGUUAGUGAAAAGGAAAGACAGCAAAGAGCCUAGUCAUACCUAGGUUUUGUCCGAAACCUAAAGAAAUGCUGCCCUUGCAAUCACUGUACAUUGUAACAAUUACUUGUGGCACCAUUUGGGGUUCAACACAUUGAUGUUACUGUGAAUUCGGCGACAAUAGGUCGAAAGUUCUUCGGCUGAAAUUGUUCUGUGCUUACCGAAAUUCGAAGCACUGCUUCAAUGGCCGAAGCUGGAAGUUGUUGAAGGUAUAGGAACGUAGGCAUAUUUGAAUUGAUGCAAAAAUGUCUGAUGUGAGAUGCCGCUUGUCAGCAACUCGACAGAAUGAGGUUAAUUUCAGGGUACCGGAACAUUUGAUAUAAGGUGUCGAUUUCCCGUGUGGUCCUGUUGCUGGCAGAACUCUUUGGGGAACCUCAAGGGACCCUUUCGAAAAUGAAAAGGGUGACAUUCUGAGGAACACCAAAUGGUGCCUCCAUUUUUUUACAAUGUACAGAGGAAGGCACAUCCAAAUCCAGAUAUUUUGAGUAACAUCUUGUCUACUGUACAAAAAUACUUUCAUCUGGCAAUUUCCUGAAGGCAUCACAGAUUCCACUAUCCUGUGCCUGCAGUUCAGUGAUUGGUGGAAAAAAUAAAAGUGUUUGAACGAAGUUAAUUAGUUCAGAGAUGUCAACUUUUCAUGUCAUCAUUUUAUCGACUUAUGAUUCAAUUUCUAAUACUCUAUUAAUACUCACUUGGUUAUGUCCAGGGGCGCAUUAAUGCACAGGCUUACACGGGCUGAAGCCCAGUGGCCCACAACUCCCAGGGGGGUCCCAUUCAUGGCAUCCACCACCCUAUUCUCCCCCAUUGGUGAGCGGUCAGCCCAUGGGCCCUGAUAAUUCCUAAUGCGCCCUGGUUAUGCCUAAAUGUCACAAAUUUGUUCAAGAUCAUUAGAAAUGACAAUGCAUUUCCUUCACGCAAAAACAUUAUCUGUUAAGUAUUUGACUGACUGGGCAGCAAGGCAGCUUCCUUAGGUUUCAGACACAGCUCUUGUGUUCAUGUGUCAUUAUUACAAGUAGUGCAGGACAGCACAAAGUGAUGUCAUGCCUUGCAAGCCAAAUGUAAGGCAUCUUGUGCAAAAUGGACCAAGUUUGCUGGUUUCAACCUCUUGGUGCUACAAAAGUGAGUUUGGAUAUCGGAAGAGAUAAUUGUCCACAGAGAAACAGCAUACUGUAUGUGUUAUAUAGAGCUUCACUCAAGUCCUGAAUGUAUGUCACUAGCCAAGUACAGGGACAGGCCACGUCUCCUAUAUUUCCCAGUGAUAUAAUGGCAUCUAUACCCACAGGAACGUAAUUGUCCAAGCUCAUUUCAUUGAUUCGCUCAUAGGCGAAAGAUGCGUUUUCAUGCUCAGCAUGUAUUAUUUUUAAGUUAAACACUAGUUUGAGUAGUUCAUCUGUCCAUCCAAUCAUUCUUCGGUUCAUCUAUUUGAUGUUCCUGUUUUCUUUAAUUGCACUGGUCACAGCACAGCAAGCAUGGCGGCAUGGAGUUUAACGAGGUGAAAGAGAUUAAAGAUCAAAUUUACGGAUUUAUUGGUGAGGGUUUCAGAGUUUAGAUUUGGGUGAAAGGAGUGCAUUGUGCAUCUGUAGUAUGGGAUAACCUCUCUGCUAUUACACAUUUAGAGAUUCCAAAGCUUUAGAGACGAUUGCUGCUAAUAACCCUUUAUUCCUUCCUAUGUUUGUAAAAAACCUCCUCUUGACUGAUUCAUUCAUAAAGGAGCAGAUCUCACUUUUUUAAAGUGAAUCUUUCUCUCCCUCUAUGUCUUUGCUCUCAGACUGUCUGCCUUUUUCCAAUCGGUGACAUGGCUUUCUUUAAGAAAUAUAGUUUCCUGUGUCUAUCACUGUCCUUUUGUUCUUUGCUUAUAAAUGGGUUAAUCUCAUGGAAACAUGUCCAAGUCCAAUUUUCAAAAGUCCCAAAAAUCAAAAGAAAAAAUAAGUUAUAUUUUGCAUAAUGAAAAUUAAGCCUAUUUUUAAAGGCAAUUAAAAUGGUAUGCAUUGUCACAUUAUUUUCAUGACAAUUAAGAAAAUUUUACCACCAAAUUCUCAGUGCCAUAACGAUACACCGCAGUUAAAAAAUGUGACAAUACGCAUUGUGGAAAUUGGAUGGUUUUUGUUUGUUUGUAUGUUUGUUUUUUAUUAUUUAACAAGAAUCUGAAUCAAAUAUGUGCAAUGUCUUAACAGGGGCAGGGCCCGAACUCAACUCGGACCCCGCUCGCAUCCUGGAGACGGUGCACAAAGGCUUAACCGUGUUGCCUAUGAUCCAUAACAACGUUACGCCCGUGUCUGGCAGGACACAGCGUUCCACCUCAGUAGACAAACCCAGUGGCGUCAGUGUGGUUGUUUUAAAGUUAGGACACUUAUUUAAGAUUUUUGGCAAAUUAGGAUGCUUCUCCGAGUGAUCUGACUGUGCGAGAGAAAAUUGAAGUUCACAGAGGUUUAAUGAUAGUGCCAUAUUAAUCUACUAUAGAUAAUGCUGAAUAUGUAUAAUAAUGGUAUGGUAUGUCAAAUGUCAUGUCUGAUUUGAUCAGUACAUUUCAGUAGGGUUUUAAGUAGGGACAUUAUUUAACUGGAUAAGCAUGCACUUCCAUUAGAUAUGUAUUUUUAAAAAUAAUAUUUAGAUGUAAUCAGAGACAAUUUUAUUUUAGAAAAAUACAGCUUUAAUUUAAAAUAUUUUAAAUGUAUGUAAUCAGCAGGGUUGGGAUGGUUACUUUUGAAAUGUAUUCCACUACAGAUUGCAGAUUACAUGCUGUAAAAUGUAAUUUGUAACGUAUUCCGUUAGAUUACUCAAGGUCAGUAACGUAUUCUAAAUACUUUGGAUUACUUCUUCAGCACUGGUAGAUUUUUUUCACUUGUUUUGACUAUAAAAACUCUUCCAGUACAGUAAGACAAAAUACACGUUAAAAAUACAUUCUCUGAAAAACCUAAAUAUCUUAUGCAGUGUUGUUUCUAAAACAAGAUAAAUCAAACUGAUCUUGUUUUAAGGAUUUUUAGAUAUUUUUACAGGAAAACAAUACAAUUUUUGCCCUAAUAUCAAAGGUCUUACUAGAAAAAAAGAAAUUAUGAUCCAACGUGAAUUUUCUUGAUAAAAAAAUAUGAUCGCGCCUGGUAACGUUUAUGUAAAAUGGCUAGAAACAGCAUUUUAUCUUAGCGUAAAGCUAACAAUUUACACAAGGUUUAUUUCUAUUUCUUCUGCUUUAAACGUACUUCUCUGUCUGCUCGUAUGAAUGUAACACAUCAUAAGAAAGUGUUUCACCGCUGUUCAAAUGCACUUUGGAUCGCAUCAUUUAUAUAAAUAAUUUCCAUCUGAAAGGACUAAAUAUUAAAUGAAACAAAUGACAAUAAUAUGCAAAGUAAUCUCUUCAGUAAUCAAAAUACUUUUUGAAUGUAACUGUAUUCUAAUGACCAAUGAUUUAAAUUGUAACUGUAGUGGAAUACAGCUACUUAUAUUUUGUAUUUUAAAUACCACAAAACAAUUAAUGCAAGCAUCCAUUCAGACAGCUAUUAAAACAACCACCAAUGACCCUAGCUAUGCAGGAAUGCUUGAAAGAAUGAUUGCAGGAGGCAAAUGAUUUCAAGCAACUAAGAUAUUAAAUGUUAGUGUGUUAUACAAAUUCAGAUUGAUUUACCGCUGUCAGAAAGCCUGGAUUUUCUCACGAAUUGCUUCUAAAAUGUGAUCUGUUACUGUCAGAGUAAAUAAUCUUUUUCAACAAACAAUACACUCACUACUUUGCUCUAUUUUACUAUAUAAAUGGUUUACAUAUCAACAUCAUAGUUGGAAAAAAUUAAAACCAGUUAGAAUGUACUGUGGUACUGUGGCAUGUCAAUACAAAGUUAUUUUCAAACACUUUUGUUCAGUGAUUUUCUCUUGCUCAAGUUCAUUUUCAUCAAGUACAGAAAUCUCUCGAUUAGGCCAUAUUACACUUAUUACAGACAACAUAAUAGUGCUGUGCAAGAAGGCAACCAAGUCAACUCAAACCUGCACUAAUUGGAUCUAAAUUCUCAGAUAACCCUCUUUUCAAGAGCUCAUUAUCCUUGGAUACAUGCCUUUUCAAUCAAUGUAUAGCAAUAUAAAAUUUUACAUGUGUUGUUUGUUAAAUAAGACUUUCUGGAUCAGAUCACAGUUCAGGAGCCAUUCUAGUAAAAAGAUAAUUCCAAAGUUACUCUAGUGUUUUCCAACAUGUAGAAGAAAAAAUUGGCAUCGGUUUGGAGAUAUUUCGGGUGACUGACGGUGACUGUGGUGAUGUCAAACCAAACUUGUUUACGACAGGAUUUUGCCUUUUGUAGUGUCCUUUUAGUAAGUAAACUGCUGGCUUUAGACUUACUGUAUUAUAAUCUGGGUCCAAAUUCACUCAAAUAUUCUUAAAAAUAUAAUAAAUGUUCUUAGAAUAAAUUAGAAGAAGGUAUCUAGCUAUAUGUGUUGAUGGUUUAAGAAAAAAAAAUAUCUGUAAAUAAAAUAAUCUGUACGUUUUAAGUAAGAAAAUAAGAAGAAAUUAGUAGUUGUUCACCCAAAAAUGAAAAUUCUCUGAUCAUUUACUCACCCUCAUGCCAUCCCAGAUUUGUAUGACUUUUUUCUUCUGCAGAACACAAAUGAAGAUUUCUAGAAGAAUGUUUCAGCUCUGUAGGUCCUCACAAUGCAAGUGAAUGGUGGCCGGAACUCUGAAGGUCCAAUUAUCACAUAAAGGCAUCAUAAAAGUAAUCCAUUUGACUCCAGUGGCUUAAUCAUUGUCUUCUGAAGCAAUCCAACCGGUUUUGUGUGAGAACAGACCAAAAUAUAACUCCUUUUUCACUGUACAUCUUGACAUUGCAGUCAUAAGGCACAAUCACAAUUUCAAGCUCGAUUACACUUCCUAGUGCUUGACACAUGCGCAGAGUGCUAGAUGGCACUAUAGGAAGUGUCAUCGAGCUUGAAAUCACACGAUCGCCAAGGAGACUUCUGAUGUCAAGAUUUAUAGUGAAAAAAUAAUUACAUUUUGGGAUUGUUCUCAUUCAAAACCGACUGGAUUGCUUCAGAAGACAUUGAUUAAACCACUGGAAUUGUAUGGAUUACUUCUAUGCUGCCUUUAUGUGAUAAAUGGACCUUCAAAGUUCUGGCCACCAUUCCCUUGCAUUGUAUGAUUCUACAGAGCUGAAAUAUUCUUCUAAAAAUCUUUGUUUUUGUUCAGCAGAAGAAAGAAAGUCACACACAUCUUGGCUGGCAUGAGGGUGAGUAAAUGAUGAGAGAAUUUUAAGUGAGUGAACUAUUCCUUUAAAAAUAAUUUUAUUCUUAAGAAUGUUUCAUGAAUCUAGCCCCCUGAUCCAAGAGAGCUGGAAAAGUGGGGAGAGUAAGAUUUCAAAUAAAUGGGACAAAAUAGUUGUAUGAAUGUCACAAAUAAUUGAUCUGUUGUGAUCCUAAAACUUGAAAUGAAUGAAUCAAGAGGAGUUUAAAUUUGCAUGGCCUGAUUCACUUAGAGCUUGACAAUAUGAGGGGUGGGAUAUAUUUGCUUGAUGUGUGUAUAAAAAUGUAUGUAAUUGCCUUAAUCAUGACUGCUUGAGUCCUCACAUUUUCUGCAUUUCGACACUGUUUUCAGAGAUGGUUAGAGGAGCGCUGACACUAACUGUAUGGCUGCUAAUUGAUUCAGUGAUAUUCCCCUAAAGCCAAAUAAAGCCAUUUAUCAACCAAACUCACAAUACCAUGACCUCUUUGUCU